AGAAGAGCGGCUCUGUGGUAAAGGUAGAGCACCAGGCCGGGCGCGGAGGCCACACGGAGUCAGACGGCGUCCGGGAACCAGAGCAUUCCCUUCUGAGCAUGUUGUCUUGGCUCUUAUGGGCCACAGCCUCUCAAGAUCAUGGCUCAUUUGGAUGAAGCAGCCCACCAGCUGUCCAGAAGUGGGACAACCCUCUAUGCUGUGCUGGAGCUUAAGAAAGGUGCCUCACCGGAAGACAUCAAAAAGGCUUAUAGGAAACUGGCCUUAAAGUAUCAUCCAGACAAGAAUCCAGGGGACGCUCAAGCAGCAGAAAUAUUCAAAGAGAUCAACACAGCCCACUCCAUACUGAGUGACCCUAAGAAGCGGAAAAUCUACGACCGGCAUGGCUCAUUGGGAAUAUAUAUAUAUGAUCACUUUGGCGAAGAAGGUGUCACAUACUAUUUUACGAUGAAUAGUUGCUGGUUCAAGACACUGGUCCUCCUGUGCGCUCUGCUCACCUGCUGCUGCUGCUGCUGCUGCUGCUGCUUCUGCUGCGGAGCGCUUAAGCCACCACCUGAGGAGGUUGCCAGAAGAUACCAGCAGGAUGUACAGAAUCAGCCUCCCAGGGCAGGAAACAAAAGAAAUUUUAGAAGAGGACAAGAUGAUAGUGAAGAUGAUUUCUAAAAGACGAAGAGGAGUGCUGACCCAGCGAGGGUGCCUCCUGCUGCCCAACACACUGGACACGUUGAAGAGGGGAAGAAGUAGCCCUGUCCUGACAUUGACCCUGAUUUGCCCCUCUUCUUAUAAGAAUCCCAACUUCAGAAGCAUUGAUGGCGUCUAUCCCAGAGGGGAUGCCACCUCUGUCCUUGAUGGGGCGUGAAACCUGUGAUAGGGAAAAGAUGAUACUACAGACCCUUUCCCCAUUCCCACACCGCCUGUUUUCUGCUCUCCACACCAUUUCCCAUCCACCCAAGGUCAGAGCCGAGUAACUCCUCAAACUUCUCUCUGCUGAAUGGGAGAAGGGCUAAGGAAUGUCAGUAAAUAAAAGAGCUUUU